CAUUAAUUUGAACUAUUACUUUCUGUACAUACCUUAUCUAUAAUUACAUCGCAUCGCAGCUUACUUGUUGCUUAGGUUAAUAAAAAUUUAAUAUACGUAUUCUUUCUCUUUCUUGCAGUAAUGGUUGCGGUAGGCUACUUGGUAGAUAGAUAUUCCACUGCUAGUUAGGCCAAUUGCAUAGAAUGCAAUUAAAGUUUUAAUACUACAUUUUUAGUCAGUGUAGGCUCUCAGAUUGGCCACUUUUUAUAUCGUCUGUUAAGAGAAGGUCUCCAGUGCGGCUCAAUUUGGUCUUAUUUUUUAUUUUAUUUUUCUUUAUUUCAUUAGGAGUAUCUACUCUAAUUUCAAGUGAUUAUAGGAGUAUGUAACUUUAUUUUAUAUACACAAAUAUUGCAAAAAUAUGAGAAACAAAUAAGUGGAUAAUUAAGCUAAUACAUAAUGUGAAUAUUAAAUCAGUACAAUUAAGUAGAAUACUUUAAUGAGGUAAUCUAUUUCCCAUUUAUCAUAUUAUGAUUUAUUUGAUAAUAUUUGCUUAGAGACAUAUUUACUAAUACUUCAGUUCAAUAUAAAAACCCUACGUUACGCUACGUAAUAGACAAGAAAACUAAAAAAACUAUUGAUAGAAAACGUUACUAUGAUCAGCAUCGUAAUUUUUUUUGCAAUGUACGUGACAAAUGUACAUUCUACAUCAAUAAUGUAUUUUCAAGAAAGUGCUAAUGUUACAGAACUAAAAACAUGUGUGGUUAAAAUAAUUAUAACGCAACUAAGAAAAGGCACCGAAUUAACUGUAAUAAGUAACGCCGAAGAUUUAUUGUCUGAAAUACACGAUUCUUUUCAUGUUCUGUUAAAUUUUCGUCACUAUGAAAUACAUAGUGAAAACUAUUCUUACAUAGAAGCUUAUUUAAUUUCAGCUGAUGAUGUUGAUGAUUUAGAUAUUACAAUAAACACACUUAAGUUAGAGUGGAGCUGGAACCCUAAAGCUAAGUUCAUAAUAACAAUAAGAUGUCUAACAGAUAUUGAACAACUGAAGGCUAUUUUUAAAUUAUUGCUUAUUUCUCACAUAUUGAAUAUUUUACUCGUUACUAGAAUUGAAAAAAGAUAUUUAAUUUAUACAUACUUUCCUUAUGGAGAAGGUAAUUGCGGUCGUAAUCACGAAAAUAUAACAAAAUGUUGUGACUGCAACGAACUCAGGAGUGAUAUUAAUAUAUUUCCUGACGACAGUACAAGAACUUUGAGUAACUGUACAUUGCGCGUUUUAACUCAUCAUAAUCCUCCAUUUUCAAUGAUUCCACGUAUGAUGGAAAAGAGAAUAGUUAUUGGUUAUGAGCAGCGAGUUUUGGAUUUUUUAGCAAAGAGUGAGAAAUUCCGUAUAUCGUACACAUAUGAUCUUAUACCUGAUAGAUUUGGAUAUGUACAACCUCCUAACUUUUCAGCGACAGAUCUUUUAGAAGGAAUCCAGAACAAAGAAGCAGACGUAGUUAUGGGAGGCUUUCUUUUAAUCACAAAUACCAUGUAUUUAUGUGAUUAUAUUUGGACAUAUUUUGGAUCUAACGAAAAUUAUCUCAAAGUUUUUUCAUCGCAUCCAGAGUAUAUUGGCAGAUGGAGAAUAAUUUAUGACAGCUUUGACAAACAUAUCUUCGUAUUAAUAUUGGUUACUUUAUUUAUAUUUAUUUUGUUGUGCUUAGGCAUAGUUACAUUAGAAGGUGAGAUAAAUUAUGUUGCAAAAGUUAUUUUAUACGUUUGGGGCUCAAUAUUUGGAAUUAUAUCGCCGUAUUUUAAAAUCCUUAUUCAAAAGAGACGAUAUUUAUUAUUAUGGGUUGGGUUUGUAUUUUUAAUAAGUAACUUCUAUCAAACAUCAUUAAUAAGCUUGGCCACAAAGCCCAGUGUACGCCCUGGAAUUGAAAGUGGUGACGAACUGCUGAAGUUAGGAUAUCAACCUUGUUUACCUAAUUCCUCAAGGUGGCUAUUUCGUCACUUCGAACUUUCUAUUUUAAAUGAUGUUUUUCAACCAAAACCGGAGUGUAUGGAAUUAGAGAGCAGUUUAGUAGCAUUAGCAACAAUACCAAAUUUAUAUACAAUUAGUCAUUACUUUAAGUAUAUGUAUUUGGUUCAGGGCAAAUAUCGCUAUCUUAUUUAUGAAUCAAAUUAUAAUUUUCAACGUGCAAGUCACGCUAUAUUUUUUGUCCGGGGUUUUCCACGUAUUGAUAGUAUGAAUUAUAAAGUUUUGAGAAUGAGUGAAAGUGGUCUAUUUGUCGCAGCAUUUCGUGAUUUAGGUCUUGAGCCAGUGAAGUCCUUUUUUAUGAAACAGAGAGCAAAUGCGCGAUCAUUUUCGAGUCUAAAAAUUGAAGACUUCUGGAUUCCACAUCUUAUACUUGUGAUUGGUACAGUUUUGGCCUUUAUUGUUUUUAUUGCUGAGAAAUGCGUUUAUUUAAUUCAUAAUACAAGUCUAAGUUCAUAAAUUAGAUAAUUUUAUGUCAUGUGACACGAUAUUCUUUAACGUUAAUCUCCGAAACAAAUUAACCGAUUUUAAUGAAAUUUUGUAAAGGUUUGUUUUUUAUACAACUUAAGAGAUAAAUAUAAAAAUAAUAAUUUUACACACAAUUUAUUUAUCCGUGAUUACUAUACUAGGCACACGAAAUAGAUCUGCGACUGUUUCGUAUGAGUGGUUAAUUAAAUUAGUACAUAUUUAUAGCCCUUUAUGGUCCGGUUUUGUACAAUUUUAUUAUUUAAGUACUCGAAAGGUUAAUUUGGUUUACAAAUAAAAUAAAAAAAAAUAUAUAUAUAAUGAAUAAUUAAAAAAUAAUAAAGCAAGAAAAGAUAUAUAUAGAAUAGUUUAGAUAGAAUAGUUUUAUCUCGAUAAGAAAAAAUGGACCUGGUAGGAGGCAGUAUUAGAUGUUUACCAGAUCAGCUAGAUAAUGUAUAAUUAUAAAGCAAUGAUUAUAUAUUUUGUUAUAUAAUUAUUGUUAGUGAUAUUGUAAAGUUCUUCAAUUAUAUUAAACGUUAACAAUGAAUAUGAAUAUUUAUUAAAAAAAUCUGGAUUUAAGCGUCCAAAUAUAUUUUAUUAGAAUUUUGAUAUUAUAUGUACAACCUCAUAAAAUACAAAAUAGAUUGUAUUGUGCAGGGUUAAAAUUAAUAUAAAUAUUAAAUUAGUAAGGUAAUUAAGGUAAAAUUUAUUUAAAGGUUAGGUAGUUUAUCCACAGUACUACUCAUAUCACGGUUAUCAAAAUAUGUAUUAUAUAUUAUAUUUAAUAAAAAAAUAAUGAUGAAGCAACAAGCUUGUAUGUAUUUCUUUUAUUUAAUCCUAUUUCAUAGAUUCGGAGUUAUCAAGUACUAAUAAGGGAUGUUAAAAGAAAUAGUCGCAUUUAUAAUAUCUAGUGUCCUAACAUAAAUAUAUUUGAUUAUAUGAAUGUGUAUCUUCUAAAACUGAAAUUAAUAUUUUUAAUUUUCAAUAUAAUAAAACAUUUUGUAUUUAAUACAAAUAUUAAAUAUUAUUGGUGUGUCGCUAUAUUUAGUACAUUAUAAUAUAUUUAUUUAAUGCAACAGCCUUCUUAUUGUUAAUAGUUUAUUUUACAUAAUGUUAUUCGGAUGAAAGCUCGAAAUUUAAAUUCUUUAUUCAAAUAGACUUGUUUAUAAGCACUUUUAAAUCGUCAUGUUUUUUUUUUUAAUAUACUGCAGGGUUUGGAAGAUUGUUAUUUGUUGAGAAAAGCCUGCAAGAAACUUAACAGAUAUUCUUUUAAAUCUCUGUUAACAUUAUGUGUAUUUUUUUUUAAUGUAAUAUGUCUGAAAUUACAUGGUCAUUAAAAAGUCCGUGCAUGAUCGACUAACACCAUGUACGCUUGUCAGUUAAGUAAUCAUUUAGAGUGUAAUAGACUUUGUUCAAUAAGUGUUUAUUAAUAACAGUUUUAAAUUUAUUAAAAGGUAGAUCUAAAAUAUUCCUCGGUAUCUUAUUAUAACAUGGAAUGUCCAUUCCUAUAAAAGACCUAUUAACUUUCUAAACGAUACUUGGGAACAGCAAGUUUAUAUUUGUAUCUAGCAUUAAGAUUAUUCAGAAUCUGUUUUUAUGAAACAGUUGAAGAUUC